AUGCUUAUCGAAUGCAUCAUCGCGGCCGUUGUCGCGCUUCUUCCUAUCACCCUUGCUGCCCCUACCAACAUAACAGGAGCACUUGCCGUCUCCUCAUCACUCAUGCACCUGGAGGCGCGAGACCGCAUCUGCAUAAAUUGUAAGAACUUAUGUGAACACACGCGGAAUCUUCACGAGGCCUACGCCUGUACCGCGGUAUGCCACAAACGCCCUGGCCAUGAGUCUCUUCAUGUACAUCUAGACAAGGUGAUAGACGAGCACGAAUGCCUCAAUUCGAAAGAGCGCAAGAAUCUCGCCCUCAACCUCUUCCGUGACCAGGCCGAAUACAUCAACAUGAUGGGAAAGCACGAGAUCAAGUCUUUCCUCCGCUCGCACCUAGACUCCUACAUCCUCCACGGCGCCGACCACAGCGUAUAUUCGGCGUCCGAGCGCAUUGACGCGGAGUUCGAAUCGUUCCCGUCGCCCCCACCCGGUGACGGCAUAAGGAUAGACUGUGGCGUCAUGUGUAACGACACCAAGACCAAGUCCUGCGCCGACAAACACGGUCUUGGAGCGGAAUACAUCAACUACGAGGGCGCUUGUGCCAAUAUCUGUCCGUACCGGCCCGACAAUCAGCAGCACUGCAUCAAGACGCUCAACAACGACCACGUGUUGGCGCUGUUCCUGGAUUUCGACCCUUUGAACUACAAGUGGAAGUACUCGGAUUGCAUGGAGAGGAAAGGGGAGGAGAGAAAAAAGUGCUUUGAGAAGGUUAUUUUUGGAGAGUGCCCGCAUUUCAGGGCGCAGGAAUACCCGGGUGCAAAGUACUGUCGAUGA